AUGAGUGCGCGACUCCUAGCGACAGUUGGCUUCCUGCUGGCCCUGGUUGCGACAGGGGACAGUAUCAAAUGCUGGCAAUGUGGAAUAUACAGCGAUGGCGUUGGGUCCAUAACGCCUUGUAACAACAGAAGCGCCACUCGUCUGGCGGAAUGUCCACCAGCGGCGAAGUAUUGUAUUAAAUAUGUAAGCGAGUUGACUGUUGUACGAGAUUGUGUACCAACUUGCACAGAAAAAGAGUGGUGGGGCGCCCGGACCUUCUGCUGCGAAUCUGAUGAGUGUAAUUCUGCAUUCACACGGACGCCAACAGCUGCCAGCAUUGUUGCGGCUAUCGCGUUAGUAGUAGCAAUCGUACGCUGA